AUGGCGCCAGGGCUUGUGGUGCUGAAAGAUGGAAAUGUUGUGGUUUGGUCGGGCUCAAAGGUGGUCAAAAUUGAUGUUCAACAAAAAGCAAUAACGAUCUCGAAGGACUUUGAAGGUCUCGUCAAUGAUGUCAUCGAAGAUAAAGAAACCUUCCUCGUCUCGCAUGACAAAACCGUGUCGAUUGUUGAUCCUCUGAAAAUGGAACUUAUUCAGCGUUUCGAUGUUCCAAGGCGACCUUCGAAAUUAUGCGUUGUCGAUCAGAAAUGCUACAUUGCGGAUAAAUCGGGAGAUGUAUAUUUGGUAGACAUGAGCGAUGAAGAAAUUAAAGAAAGAACGGAUGUGAAGACGAUGAAACCUAUUUUGGGACACAUCUCGCUGAUCAUGGACACAUUUGUGAGCGACAAAUUUAUUUAUACAGCUGAACAAGACGAGAAGAUCAAAGUCUCCAGUAGAAAACACCCCUUCAUAAUCGACCACUAUCUUCUCGGCCACACUGAGUACGUUUCCAAAAUCCAAGUCGACGAAGAAAGCAAUGCUCUAUUUUCUGCAGGCGGGGACGGAACUAUUCGCAGUUGGAAAAACGGGAAAGCCGACAAUGUCAAAGAACAUGAGGAAGAAACAGUUUGUCAUUCGUUAGUAGCUUCGCAGGAUCAUCUUCAAUACGCAACUGUCAGUUUUGAAGACAACAAGGACUCGUGUAUCAGAACGGUCGCCAAAAGGGACUUAGCAGAGUACCAUACGUGGAAGCUCGAAGGUGGCUCGGUCCCAAUCUCGUCAGCUGCCAACUCUACUGGACUCGGCGCCUAUUGGCUUAUUGAAAAAGAAAAGUCUUUGCAACUUUACUUCGCGAAAGAUAAAGAGCUAGAGCUUGUUUUACAAGAUGUCGUCGAAAGCUCGUGGAAAGAAGAUCACUGGAAGGUGCUCAAGAAACAGUUGGAAAAGUCAGAUAAUUAUGAAAAAUAUCUUCAAAUGAGAGAGGAAGGCUUCAAAAAAGCUCGUGGCGGGCGCAAGAAACAGAAGAGAAAGAUCAUGGAGCCGAAUUCCGACUCCAAUGAUGCGAAAAAAGUCAAUGUCGAAACAGUUACUGCCACUUGA